GAGGGAGAUUGGGUUCCCACUGCCCUGUGGGACAGGAGAAAGGAAGGCGCAAGGAAGUCCGCAGCAGAGCGACGACGAAGCUGCUGGUUGCGCCCACAAUGAAGAGGCUCGUUCUGUUGCUGCUGGUGCUCCUGGACCUGGGGCAGGCCCAAGGAGCACUCCACAGGGUGCCACUCAGGAGGCAUCCGUCCCUCCGGAAGAAGCUGCGGGCACGGGGCCAGCUCUCUGAGUUCUGGAAAUCCAAGAAUUUUGACAUGAUCCAGUUCACUGAGUCCUGCACGAUGGACCAGAGUGCCAAUGAGCCCCUCAUCAACUACUUGGAUAUGGAAUACUUUGGCACUAUCUCCAUUGGUUCCCCACCGCAGAACUUCACCGUCAUAUUUGACACUGGCUCCUCCAACCUCUGGGUCCCCUCUGUGUACUGCACCAGCUCGGCCUGCAAGACACACACCAGGUUCUACCCCUCCCAGUCCAGCACCUACAGCGUGGUGGGGAGUCGCUUCUCCAUUCAGUAUGGGACUGGGAGCUUGUCCGGAAUCAUCGGAGCCGACCAAGUCUCUGUGGAAGGACUGACUGUAGUCGGCCAACAAUUUGGAGAGAGCGUCACAGAGCCUGGCCAGACCUUUGUGGAUGCAGAGUUUGAUGGAAUUCUGGGCCUGGGAUACCCGUCCUUGGCUGUGGGAGGGGUGACUCCAGUGUUUGACAGCAUGAUGGCCCAGAACCUGGUGGAGGUGCCCAUGUUUUCUGUCUACAUGAGCAGUGACCCAGAAGGCGGUGCGGGGAGCGAGCUGAUUUUCGGGGGCUAUGACCACUCCCACUUCUCUGGGAGUCUGAACUGGGUUCCGGUCACCAAGCAAGGCUACUGGCAGAUUGCACUGGACGCAAUCCAGGUGGGGGGCACCGUGAUGUUCUGCUCCGAGGGCUGCCAGGCCAUUGUGGACACAGGGACCUCCCUCAUCACAGGCCCCUCGGACAAGAUCAAGCAGCUGCAGGAGGCCAUUGGGGCAGAGCCCGUGGAUGGAGAAUAUGCUGUGGAGUGUGUCAACCUCAAUGUCAUGCCGGAUGUCACCUUCACCAUCAAUGGAAUUCCCUACACCCUCCAACCAACUGCCUACACCCUGCUGGACUUCGUGGAUGGAAUGAAGUUCUGCAGCAGUGGCUUUCAAGGUCUUGACAUCCAGCCUCCAGCUGGGCCUCUCUGGAUCCUGGGCGAUGUCUUCAUUAGACAGUUUUACUCUGUCUUUGACCGUGGGAAUAACCUUGUGGGGCUGGCGCCAGCAGUCCCCUAAGUAGGGGCCUUGUGUCUGUGCCUGCCUGCCUGACACCCCUUGGAAAUCCAGCUGGGCCUGUUAGGUUGUGGCAUUCUUCACAGCUGUCAAAUCGUCUUUUUCAAUCGGAUAUAAUUGUCCCAAAGCUGCAACUGGAAUUAGGACCAAACAGAGCAUGAGAACACACACACUCUCACACAUACUCACACAUACUUUACACAUACCAACAUACAUACCACCUCCACCACCAUCAUGAUGGAAGAAUUAAGUUGUAUGCCCAUACCUUUUAUGGGUUUUGGCUAAUAUUUUAUUAUGGAAAUCUCCAAACGUGCACAAGCAGAGAUUCUAGAACAAUAAAUCCCUGUGCACCCCACCCAGCUUUCAGAACCCACCCAGACGUGGCCAGGCCUGUUUUAUCUGCUCUACACCUCUCCUCGCUCCAGCCCCACGUGCCUGGAUUAUUUUGAAGCAAAUCCUUAGCAUCAUAUCAUAAAUCAUCACAUCAAGGGUUUGUCCAUAAAUCCUUCUAAUAUUCUUAAAUAUGCAGUCAGUGUUUGAAUGUUCCCUAUUAUCUCAUAAAUGUUUGCUCAUUUUUACAGUUGAUUCGUUUGUAUCAGGA